GAUACCUUUAUUUCUCUUUUAGGAAACAGAACAGCAGUCAUGAUAGAAGACAAAGGACCAAGAGUGACAGACUACUUUGUAGUGGCAGGUCUCACCGAUACAUCAACUCUUUUGGAUCAAGAAAUAAAUCGUAUAGAUAAUAAAUCAACUGGCCCUAAAGCUCCAAUUACAGACAUUGCAGUUAUUAUCAAAUCAGCUGGGGAAGCUGUACCGGAAGGGUACACCUGUGUUGAAGCCACUCCAUCAGCACUCCAAGCAAACUUGAACUAUGGAAGUCUGAAAAGCCCAGAGCUUUUUCUGUGUUAUAAGAGAGGGAGAGAUAAACCGCCCCUUACAGAUAUUGGAGUGCUAUAUGAAGGGAAAGAAAGGCUUAUUCCAGGAUGUGAAGUGAUCCAAGCCACACCCUAUGGUCGCUGUGCCAAUGUCAACAAUAGUUCAACUACUUCCCAAAGAAUCUUUAUCACCUAUCGCAGGGCUCCUCCAGCUCGGUCCCAGAAUUCCUUGGCUGUAACUGACAUCUGUGUUAUUAUAACCAGUAAAGGAGAAACCCCUCCUCACACUUUCUGCAAAGUUGAUAAGAACUUAAAUUGUGGCAUGUGGGGUUCCAAUGUGUUUCUGUGUUAUAAGAAGUCUGUGCCUGCUUCAAAUGCAAUAGCAUAUAAGGCUGGUUUGAUUUUUCGAUAUCCGGAAGAAGAUUAUGAGUCCUUUCCGCUCUCAGAAUCUGUGCCUCUCUUCUGUCUUCCUAUGGGAGCCACUAUUGAAUGCUGGGAUCCUCAAACCAAAUAUCCACUUCCUGUUUUCUCAACAUUUGUUUUGACAGGUUCUUCAGCUGUAAAGGUGUAUGGAGCUGCCAUCCAAUUUUAUGAGCCUUACCCUCGAGAGCGUCUAACAGAGAAACAGCUUAUGCAGCUGGGCCUGUUGACCCCUGUGGAGAGAAAAGUGGUCUCCAAACCCAUCAAUUCAAACAAGUGCAUUUGUUUGCUUUCACACUGGCCUUUUUUUGACGCUUUUAAGAAAUUUCUUAUGUUUAUCUACAAAGUUUCUGUGUCUGGACCACAUCCUCUUCCCAUUGAAAAGCACAUCUCACAUUUUAUGCAAAACAUCCCUUUUCCUUCACCACAAAGACCACGAAUCCUUGUACAGCUAUCAGUCCAUGAUGCAUUAAUAUUAUCACAGCCAGUUUCCACGCCUUUACCAUUAAGUGGGGCCAACUUUAGUACAUUACUGAUGAAUCUGGGUCCUGAGAACUGUGCAACAUUGCUGCUGCUGGUUUUACUUGAGAGUAAGAUUCUGCUACAUUCUCUUAGGCCAGCUGUCUUGACUGGGGUAGCUGAAGCUGUUGUUGCUAUGAUCUUUCCAUUUCAGUGGCAAUGCCCAUAUAUCCCCCUUUGUCCUCUUUCACUGGCUGGAGUGCUCAGUGCACCUUUCCCGUUUAUAGUUGGAGUGGACUCAAGGUACUUUGAUCUUCAUGACCCACCACAAGAUGUUGUUUGCAUUGACUUGGAUACAAACAUGAUAUAUGUAUCUGAUGAGAAGAAGAACGUAAACUGGAAGCAGCUUCCCAAGAAGCCAUGCAAGAGUCUGCUUGGGUCUUUGAGGAGGCUGUAUCCCCAGCUCUACUCAGUUCACCGGAAAACUCAGGAAAGUUCAGCAAUUGAGAUGACUCCAAUUGAAGCAGAUUUCUCUUGGCAAAAAAAGAUGACACAACUUGAGAUGGAAAUCCAAGAGACAUUUUUGCGAUUUAUGGCAUCCAUUUUAAAAGGGUAUAGGUCGUAUCUCAAGCCAAUCACAGAAGCUCCUUCAAAUAAAGCCACAGCUGUAGAUUCAUUGUUUGAUCGACAGGGUUUUGUAAAAAGUCGGGAUCGUGCCUAUAUGAAAUUCUAUGCCCUUCUAGCCAAAACACAGAUGUUUAGUCGUUUCAUUGAGGAAUGCAGCUUUGUAAGUGAUAAAGAUACUGGAUUAGCAUUUUUUGAUGACUGCAUUGAAAAGUUGUUUCCAGAUAAAGGUGUAGAGAAAACAGACAAGGUUGAUUUGGAUUCAGCAGAAGACACCAAAUUGAUAGAGCUAGAUGAUUCACAGAAGAGUGAGCACACUGUAUUUAUAAUGCCACCUGAGCCUCCUCCUGAUGAUGGAAAUAACUUGUCACCUCAGUACAGUUACACAUGCUUUCCAGUACUGGAUCUUAAGCUUUUUGACAGCCCCCAGGAGCUGAAACUGUGCUUCAGUAGACAUCCUCCUGGGAGUAGCAUUACAAACAGCCCUGCUCUCAUGGCUAAAAGAACCAAACAGGAGAUAAAAACAGCUCAUAAGUUGGCAAAGAGAUGUUAUAUGAAUCCACCACAAUGGGCCAAGUGUCUCUUCAGUCAUUGUUACAGCUUGUGGUUUAUCUGUCUCCCAGCCUAUGUUAGAGUUUCUCACCCUAAGGUCAGAGCACUCCAGCAGGCAUAUGAUGUACUUAUUAAGAUGAGGAAGACAGAUGUGGAUCCACUAGAUGAGGUGUGCUAUCGAGUAGUGAUGCAGCUUUGCGGACUUUGGGUUCAUCCUGUUUUAGCAGUGAGAGUCUUAUUCGAAAUGAAAACUGCUAGAAUAAAACCAAAUGCUAUUACUUACGGCUAUUAUAAUAAGGUAGUUUUGGAGAGCCCAUGGCCCAGCAGUACUCGCAGUGGUAUUUUCUUAUGGACGAAAGUUCGGAAUGUUGUACAUGGUUUGGCCCAAUUUAGGCAGCCACUUAAAAAGACUGGGCAAAAACCACAGGUCUUUUCAAUAUCAGCUCCUCAGAAUGCUGCAGGUGGAAGUGAUGGGGACACAGUGAGCCAUGGUAGUGUGGAUAGUUCUAAUGAUGCUAACAGUGGGGAGCACACAGUCUUCGUCAAAGACUUAAUCAGCCUUGAUUCCAUUGAUAAUCACUCUAGCACAGGCGGUCAGUCUGACCAAGGCUAUGGUUCCAAGGAUGAGCUAGUAAAGGAGGAUGCAGAGGUUCCUGCACCUGAGGAGUGUGAGUCACAAGAACUGACUGCCACAGAGCUGCACAUUGAAGAGGUGUGUGAUGUGUCUGCCAUUGUCUCAAAAUCAUCACAACCUAGUCCAGAACCUCAGAGUCCUACUGAACCUCCUGCAUGGGGCAGCAGUAUUGUGAAAGUUCCAUCUGGGUUAUUUGACACCAACAAUAGGACAAGUAGUACUGGUAGUACAUCAAACAUGCUAUUUUCUACUCAAGCUCUAGUUGAAGAUUCAGUCUUUGGUGAGGUUACUAAUUUUAAGAAGAAUGGUGAUAGAGGAGAAAAAAGACAGAAGCAUUUCCCAGAGAGGAGCUGUAGCUUCAGUUCCGAAAGUCGAGCGGGGAUGCUGCUGAAGAAGAGCAGUUUGGAUCUGAACUCCAGUGAAAUGGCUACCAUGAUGGGAGCAGAUGCCAAGAUCCUCACAGCAGCACUGACAUGUCCUAAGACUUCUCCACUUCGUGUCUCCAGAACUCAUAGCUUUGAGAAUGUUACCUGUCAUCCAGCUGAUUCCAGGACUCGCAUGUCAGAUGGCACUUGGGAUUGUGAGCACAGAUCAUCUCCUGUGCUAGAGAUGUUGGAGGAAAGCCAAGAGCUCCUGGAAACUGUGGUUGAUAAUAAUGUUGCAGAGACUUCAGCAAAGGUUACAUGUGACAGUCUACAGAAUGAUAGUGACAAUAACCAAUCCAGAGACAGGAAAGCAGGAUCCCAAGAUCCAGUGAAUAAGAGAAAUAGUUCAUAUGCUGUGGGGAAAGCCAUUGAGAGGGAAGAUGUUGAAAUUGGACUAGAUCCGUUGUCUCUAUUAGCCACUGAAUGUGUAGAAAAAACUUCUGAUUCUGAAGAUAAGUUUUCUCCAGAUAAGUUUUCUCCAGUAAUUUCACGUAAUCUGGCUGAUGAAAUUGAAAGUUACAUGAACCUAAAAAGUCCUCUGGGUAGUAAAUCUUCUAGUAUGGAAUUGCAUGGAGAGGGAAACCAAGAGUCUGGCUCUGCUACUACAUUUGCUCACCCUUUAGAAAGGAGAUCGAGUCUGCCCUUAGAACAUGGCCCACCAGCCCAAGACAGUCCAGACAUUGAGAAAAGCUCCCCUACAGUGUCCAGAUCUAAAACAUUGACGGGGCGUUUCAAGCCACAGACUCCUUAUCGCACUUACAAAGACCGGUCCACUUCUUUAUCAGCAUUAGUGCGUUCUUCACCAAAUAGCUCUCUGGGUUCUGUAGUAAAUUCUUUAUCAGGGCUAAAGUUGGACAAUAUACUCUCAGGACCCAAGAUAGAUGUCCUAAAAUCUAGUAUGAAACAAGCAGCAACAGUAGCCAGUAAGAUGUGGGUGGCUGUCGCAUCUGCCUACAGCUACUCAGACGACGAGGAAGAAACUAAUAAAGAUUAUAGUUUCCCAGCCGGCCUAGAAGAUCAUAUAUUGGGGGAUAAUGUAUCAUCUAAUGCAAGUAUCUCAGGACUGGUUCCCAGUGAACUUACCCAGAGCAACACAAGCCUUGGCAGUAGUAAUAGCAGUGGAGAUGUUGGAAAACUGCAGUGUCCAACAGGUGAAGUUCCAUUUUCAAGAAACAUCAAAGGGCAGGACUUUGAAAAAUUAGAUCAUGGGUCUUCGCAGAAUACCAGUAUGUCUAGCAUCUAUCAAAAUUGUGCAAUGGAGGUUUUGAUGUCAAGUUGCUCUCAGUGUAGAGCUUGUGGAGCUCUGGUUUAUGAUGAAGAAAUCAUGGCUGGAUGGACUGCAGAUGAUUCAAAUUUGAAUACAACCUGUCCAUUCUGUAAAAGCAACUUCUUGCCUCUUCUCAAUGUAGAAUUUAAAGACCUAAGAGGCUCUGCCAGCUUUUUCUUGAAACCAAGUACAUCUGGUGACAGUUUACAAAGUGGCAGCAUUCCAUCAGCAAAUGAACCCUCAGAACACAAACCUGUGUCCAGCUCAGCAGAACCUGACUUGAUCAGCUUUAUGGAUUUCUCAAAACACAGCCAAACCAUAAUAGAAGAAGCAAGCUAUGCAGUCAAAUCAAGUGAUGAAAUAAAGAAAACCAGUGUUGAUGUUCAAAGUGUGAAAAUUUCAUCAGUGCCUAAUAGUUUAUCUAAACGAAAUGCAUCAUUGACACAAAGUCAUAGUGUUGGAGGUCCUUUGCAAAAUAUUGACUUCUCCCAGCGACCAUUUCACGGCAUUUCAACAGUUAGUCUUCCAAAUAGUCUGCAAGAAGAUGUGGACCAUCUAGGAAAAAGGCCCAAUCCUCCGCCUGUGUCUGUGCCCUAUUUGAGUCCUCUAGUGCUUCGGAAGGAACUUGAAUCUCUGCUAGAAAAUGAAGGCGAUCAGGUUAUUCAUACAUCCUCUUUCAUCAAUCAACAUCCAAUCAUUUUCUGGAACCUGGUUUGGUAUUUCAGACGUUUGGACCUUCCUAGCAACUUGCCAGGACUUAUUCUCACAUCUGAGCAUUGUAAUGAAGGUGUGCAGCUUCCUCUGUCAUCUUUGUCCCAGGACAGCAAACUUGUGUAUAUACAAUUGUUGUGGGAUAAUAUCAACCUUCAUCAGGAACCAGGAGAACCUCUGUAUGUCUCAUGGAGGAACUUGA